AGGCCCAUUUCCAAGGCGGCCCACGCCUUCUGCCAUAAGGUCCACAAAGCAUGCCAAGCCUCUUCAAAAAAGAUUCAAUGCACCGCCUCAAGCAAGGAUAGAACCAAUGACCUAUGACUCGCAUUCAAGUGUUUCAACCAGUACACUACAAGGUUGCACUGUUAAUGCCGGACGCAUCAUCUAUUAUACUCACCUUGCAGCCGCGUCCAACGCAGCCCCGCCACAUCAUCAGGACCGCAAAGGCUUGGCCCACCUCGUAUUUGGUCUCCCAAUGCGGUUCCAUCUCGCGUCGAAUGGACCGCCUCAGAACAAGGCCUGCCUACCGCUUUGCACUCCAAUGACAGAAACCGCAUUCAAGGCCCACCAUGUGAACAGCCAAGGCCCACUUCCAACUGCCCGCCGUGUGGAGCCCGCUCGAUGUCAAAGCCCGCUCCACCUCCCUUAGUUGUGCAACGCGGCCCGAGGCUCGUCAUUGAAGCCCAAGGGGGCCGCCUCCCAUUGAGAACAGCCCGGCGCCCCCAACACCAACAACUUGGCAGACAGCCCAAUAAAGACAUUAAAAAAGG